GUUCACACACACUGUUGUCAGAAGGCAAUAGACUGAGCAGAACUAUCCCUCAUGCUUUAGUACAGUCACUGACUGAAAGCGCGUGCGCGCGACUCCCUGACGUCUCCCGUACGCUUAGUCCUUUACGAACAUACAGAUUUGGCAUGAGUGAGGAGACCAGAUUGUAGAUGUAGCUGUUCAGCGUCGUGGAGAAAAGGAGCAAGCUCGGAUUCGGCAAAGCAGCCACUGGACAGACGAUGGGUGACACAGAAGAUGAGAAGAACCAGGCAGGACGGCUCUUUGAGAACUUUGUCCAGGCCUCUGACUGUAAAAGCACCCUUCAGUCCUUUAAUGUUUUAUGCGGUUACCUGGAGCUCGACCCUCAGGAGCACAGCACCUUCUACAGCAGUCUUAAGAGCACAUUGACAUGCUGGAAAGCCAAAGCCCUUUGGAGCAAACUAGACAAGAGAGCCAGCCACAAAGAAUACAAAAAAGGCAAAGCCUGUGAGGGCACCAAGUGCUUGAUAAUUGGAGGGGGUCCAUGUGGCUUGCGGACUGCGAUCGAGUUGGCUCUCCUCGGGGCCAAAGUGGUGGUGAUAGAGAAGAGAGACACAUUUUCCAGGAACAAUGUCCUGCAUCUCUGGCCCUUCACAAUACAUGACCUCAGAGGUUUGGGUGCCAAGAAGUUCUAUGGCAAGUUCUGCGCUGGAGCGAUAGAUCACAUCAGCAUUCGGCAGCUCCAGCAAAUGCUUCUGAAGAUCGCUCUGGUUCUCGGUGUGGAGUUUCACGUUAAUGUGGAGUUUGUCAAGCUGGUGGAACCGACAGAGGACCAGGAGAAUGAGGGGCCGGGCUGGAGGGCAGAGAUCCGGCCCGCCGAUCACCCUGUGGCUGAUUUUGACUUUGAUGUGGUUGUGGGGGCUGAUGGGAGACGCAAUUCUUUAGAAGGGUUCAGGAGAAAGGAAUUCCGAGGCAAAUUGGCCAUUGCCAUAACAGCAAACUUCAACAACAGAAACACCACAGCUGAGGCGAAGGUGGAGGAGAUAAGUGGAGUCGCCUUCAUCUUCAACCAGAAAUUCUUUCUGGAUCUCAGACAGGAAACUGGCAUCGAUCUGGAGAACAUUGUUUACUACAAAGACAAAACGCACUACUUCGUCAUGACAGCGAAGAAGCAAAGCCUGCUGGACAAGGGUGUCAUCAUUCAUGAUUACAUUGAUACUGAAGCACUACUGAACAGUGAGAAUGUCGACCAGGAGGCUUUGCUUGCGUACGCCCGAGAAGCUGCAGAUUACGCCACCCACUACCAGCUGCCCACUCUGGACUACGCCACGAACCCCUGCGGUCAGCCAGACGUGGCCAUGUUUGACUUCACCUGCAUGUGUGCUUCAGAGAACGCUGCUCUGGUCAGGGAGCGGUUCGGGCGAAACGUACUGGUGGCACUUGUGGGAGACAGCCUUCUAGAGCCUUUCUGGCCUAUGGGGACUGGAUGUGCCCGUGGCUUCCUGGCGGCCUUCGACACAGCUUGGAUGGUAAAAAGUUGGGCACAGGGCAGAAGUCCCCUUGAUGUGCUGGCAGAGAGGGAGAGUUUGUACCGUUUGCUACCUCAGACAACACCUGAGAACAUUGCCAAAAACUUUGAUUUGUACACCAUAGAUCCAGGAACACGCUAUCCAAACCUCAACUCAACCUGUGUGAGGCCACACCAGGUCCGCAGCAACUACAUCUGUGGAGAGAUGAAGGUGUGCUCUCUGGAACGGGCCGCCACAAUACGACGCCCUGUUAACCUGGCCAGACGAGAGUCUGAGAUCCGGCCCAGUCGAUUAUUGACGUGGUGUCAGAAGCAGACUGACGGCUACAGGGGUGUGAAUGUAACUGACCUCACUUCCUGUUGGACGAGUGGCCUGGCUCUCUGUGCACUGAUUCAUCGCUUCAGACCGCAGCUUAUCGAUUUCGACACUCUGAAACAUCAAGACUGCGCCAAAAACCUUCAGCUGGCCUUUGACGUGUCCGAGAGGGAAUUUGGCAUAAAGCCGUUUAUCACUGGGAAAGACCUGGUCUCAAGUCAGGAUCCAGACAAGACCAGCAUGAGCGCCUACCUCUCAAAGUUUUACGAGUUGUUUCGUGGUACACCUUUACCUCCUACAGAUUCAAAGCAUGAGGAAGAUGCAAAUAAUGUGAAAUGUUCCUCAAGUUCUCCCAGACCCGUUUACAAGUCACUGCAGCCUCGAAAACGCAUACCGAAGAAUGAUGAAAAGGUGGAAGUGAACAGUGAUGCUGUAUUUAAAAGAAGACGGAAGUUUGAUUGCUUAGAAGAGGUCUCUGCCACAACCAAGUCCUCUAAUCAGAGGUCUUUCCUAGCCAGUGAGGGGCUGGAGCUGAAGGAAAACAGGGUCAAGUUUAUGGCCACUCAACUACUGGCGAAGUUUGACAACAACACAGGCGGUUGCUCUCUUCGCAGGCAGACUGAGUCUAAUGUUGAAAGCCCUCCGAGACCUCCAUCCUCAAAUAUGACUGACAGCCCUCUCUUUAACAUUAUCAAGAACAAAGUUCCCCCACCCCCUAAAGAUCAGUUUCCAUCCGUUUCCCGUGUUAGUCAGGAGCAAUCUGCUCCUCUCUUCCCCUCACUUCAUUCCAGUCCUCUGAAUCCACGGAGGAAACCGACCCACACACACUCACACGCUCAGUCAGAGGCAGAAACCACUGCCAGCUCGGGGUCUGGAUAUGCCGACACUCGCCGUUCAACAGUGCUGGCCAUGAAAGAAAUGCUCCAGCGCCUCCAGAAGGUGGAAGAUAAGAUCAGUCAGAGGAAAGCCCAGACUGAAAACGCCAGAGAGUUUCAUGCGAAAAACAUAAAGGAGAAAGGUGUCCAUCUGAGCGCGCUGUUCUCCAGUGAGACUGCUUCUCAGCAUCAGGAAAACAAAGCAGCUCUGCCAAAGGAAACCAAACUCUUGAAAACUCAGGAGAAGGUAUCUGAUGAUUCUGAUCACCAUCUUAAAGCACAUAAUACAACUUUUUCACAGCCUGAGUCCUCUGCUCUUCAUUCUCACAUCAUUUAUUCAGUCACCCCCUCGCACCCUCUCCCACAAUGCACCGCUACUUCCUGUCCUCCUCUCAUUUCCUCCCAUCCCUCUUCUUUGCUGAAGCAGAUACCUAGACCCAAACCGUUACAAGAGCAACGUUUUAAACAAGAGACACAGAGUGAAACUGUGAAAACAUCUCUUCUGACAACUCGUGCCCUCCGACCUCUUCAUUCUAACUCCAUAAUAUUUCACCCCAUCCCAGAAUGCACUGCUGCUCACUACCUUUCUUUUACUUUCUCAUCCACUUCUUUAUUAAGCUGUAAAUCAAAGCCAGACACACGACUUAAUGGCAUAGACAUACACGGAGAAGCAAAUAGUAACUCACAAAUGCGCACAGUAGAAAAAGUGUCUCUGGUUGUGGGUGCCAGGGCAGAUAGCCCGGUCGAUCUGUAUGCAAAUGAUCAUAGACCCAAGAAAAGUGACUCAGACACUCCGCCAUCCUUCAGAAGGGAGCUUCCUCAGAGUCUGGGUGACGUCUGUCACGUGUGCAGAAAACGGGUGUUUGCAGUAGAGAGACUGAGUGCGGAGGGAUUCCACUUUCACAGAGAAUGCUUCCGCUGUGAUACCUGCAGAGCUCCACUGUGCCAGGGAAGACACUCCUUCGACUCACAAGAAGAAAAGUUGUAUUGCAAACUCCACUUUGGUCAACGGAAAUCCUUGGUUAAGAACGGAGGGACGCAAAACCUACAUACAACGAUUGAUGACAGAGUUCACGACAACUCUAGCUGGAGUCCAGUAGGAGAUGAGAAUCAUCUCAUGAGCGAGCCUCCAGGUACCCUGUCCUCGUUGCUGAAGAAAGGUGUGCGCUGGCCGCUGCACGUGAGCCAGACUGUGUGUUCUGCACCCCGUCGUGUGUUUAACUGGCUGCAUGGGAAAAUGUGUGCGGCAGGGGAGCACAUGAGGGACAAUGCGGAGGAUUACGUCUUCCUCUACGAGCUGCUCACUGUGAGCCUGCCUCUGCUCGGGGUUCUGCAUGAACUGGUGCUCCAAACGUACGGAGAGGCCGAACCUCUCAAUCUUCAGCCUAUACAGCACUGGCUGGAGCAGCACUUGGUUCUUUUUGACCUCGCCACUGUGUCUUCUGAUUCUGAUUCGUGCUAAACGUAAGGUGAUCAACCACAAGUUCACGUGCACGUUGUUUAGCAUUUCACUCUCUUUAGUGCCUUGUAAAUCCACGUGUGAACCUGAAGUGUUAACUGCUGUGGAAAUGCACGCUGCACGAAACUGAACGCCUGCCGCUGAUUCUUGUAUCUUUUUGUCAUUUAAUUUUUCUGUAUGUCUUCAAGCCCUGCAAAUGAUUUGCUCAUUCGAUCUCUGCUUAAUUUCUUUCUGUUUCAGCGGUGGCUUUCAAAAUCCAACACAAAGGGGCUUUUAUGAAAAAAAAACAGGGGUCAUUUGUACCGUGAUGACCUUAAGUUAAAGUAGCACCUUUUAUUAGAUGUGCUAUAAAAUAGUUUGAAGACUUUUAUGCUGUAUUUUUUCAAUUUAAAAGGUGUUUGUGUUUUAUUUAUAUUAAGCCAUACUAGUACAAUAAACAAAUGUAAACUUUGCA